CCGCAACGUCUCUCUGGAAGUCCACCACAUCGCUGAGCUCCACCGAAGGUCCGAAGCUAAUCGUGCUUCAGGUGAACUGUGAUUCUCAGUUCUGUUCGACAAUAUGAUUAAAAUUUGCAACUGCCGCAAGAAUCUAUUUUUGAAAGGGAUGAUGUUAGGUAGAAUGUUCAGUUCAAGUGAACUAACAAGAGAGGUUUCAGAUCCAAUGACAAGAAUUUGUGAAACUAUGAUGUCUUGCCCGGCAUUAGCUCUUGAUACUCCACUUAACCAAAGUGGAAUUAGAGUUUCUCCAGAUAUAGUUGAGGAUGUCCUCAAGAGAUUCGAGAAUGCUGGUAUGUUGGCAUAUCGGUUCUUUGAAUGGGCUGAGAGACAACGAAAUUAUGUGCACAGUGUCAGGGCUUACCACACCAUGAUCCAGUCUCUGGCCAAGAUAAGGCAGUAUCAGAUCAUGUGGGAUCUUGUGAAUUCUAUGAGGAACAAGAGCAUGCUAAAUGUUGAGACAUUUUGCAUUAUAAUGAGAAAGUAUGCCUCCGCUCAGAAGGUGGACGAGGUAGUUUACACAUUCAAUGUCAUGGAGAAAUAUGAUAUCCCCCCAAAUCUUGCAGCAUUCAAUGGCCUUCUAAGUGCCUUGUGCAAGUCUAAGAAUGUGAGGAAGGCUCAGGAGAUCUUUGACAGUAUGAAAGAUCGAUUUGUUCCUGACUCAAAGACUUACAGUAUAUUGCUUGAGGGGUGGGGAAGGUCUCCAAAUCUGCCCAAGGCAAGGGAGAUUUUCCAGGAAAUGGUUGACAUGGGUUGCGACCCUGAUAUAGUGACCUUUGGCAUCAUGGUUGACGUUCUUUGCAAGGCAGGAAGAGUUGAUGAAGCCAUUGAAAUAGUUAAGAAGAUGGAUACUGGGACUUGCAAGCCAACAUCUUUCAUUUAUAGUGUUUUGGUUCAUACAUAUGGGAUAGAAAACCGGAUUGAAGAUGCUGUAGGUAUGUUCUUAGAGAUGAAAAGACAUGGAAUUCAGCCUGAUGUGGCAGCGUACAAUUCCUUGAUUAGUGCUUUCUGUAAAGUAAACAAGUUAAAGAAUGUGUAUAGGGUCUUAAAUGAUAUGAAAUGCAAGGGAGUUACUCCCAAUUCAAGGACUUUCAACAUUAUUAUACGUAGUUUGAUAGUCCGCGGAGAGGCUGAUGAGGCAUCUAGAAUCUUUCGCCGGAUGAUCAAGGUAUGUGAACCAGAUGCAGACACAUAUACAAUGAUGAUAAAGCUGUCUUGUGAAAGCGAUGCGCUGGAUAUGGCUCUUAAAGUGUGGAAGUACAUGAAGUUGAAGCGAUUUGUCCCAAGCAUGCAUACAUUUUCGGUUCUUGUAAAUGGAUUGUGCAAGAAGGGGGAUGUUACUAAGGCUUGUGUGUUAUUGGAAGAGAUGAUAGAGAAGGGAAUCCGACCAGCAGGUGGGACAUUUGGGAGGUUGAGACAAUUGCUUAUAAAGGAAGGAAGAGAAGAUGUACUCAAAUUUCUUCAGGAGAAAAUGAACCUUCUGGUCAAGGAGCCUUUAUGUGAUUGAGAAGCGAUGGCUAGCAACAUAUUAAAACAAGAGCGGCUUAUAUUGUUGAUCCAGCGUGCAAGUGGUUUGCAGAUCAUUGUUGAUGGCACCAUAUAGGACAUUACAGAGUAUGUAAAUGAUCAGGAAGUUAUACAUUUGAUGAGGUGACUUGAUGAAAGAUAACGAAGUGGGAAAGAGUAAAAAUGAUUUCAAAGUUUCAAGACUAGAAGGAAAAAAGUGACUGGUAACUCGCACAAACUCGGAAUGUGUUUGUAUGAACUAUGUAGAUUUGUCUUUCAAGUAUUAUUAACCAUAUGUGAUCAAACAAAUGUAAUUGGUUUUUCAUA